CUGUGGACCACGCGGUGCGUUCAUCUCCCGGGAAAAAGUAUCGAUCGUCGAAAGUGAGUUCGUAAAUGCGUCUCGUUAUUUUUGACUGAAAAACUACAUCAGAUUCGUAAAUACCCUCACAGUGCAUUCGCGAAAGUUGUUGGUAAUAAGAAGAGAAGAGGAGAGGAGUGCCGUGGAUCAAUAUUCCACCCCCACCGGCGUAAUCACUGAUAGUGGCACCCCGCACGCACCCCGUCGAAGAUUUUUCAAAAGUGACUUGGUUAUGUAAUUCCGACGCUACCAGUACCGAGAGAAAUUCUCGUUGAUCCGUUUCAUAUCGCGAGAUAAGUUCAUUUCGGAAUAGUGUCCAGCGCUCAGUUCGAUUGAGGGUGCGACGCCGUCAAUGUAACCGUGAUUGCAUCACCUUCGUGGACGAAAUAAGUGCAGAAACAGAUCCUCGUAGAAAUGAAUAUAUCUACGAUGAGAAAACCGCAGGGGUUAGCGUGCUUCCACGCGAGGAGAACUUUGACAGAGAGCAGUUCCAAAAUCCAGCAGAGUAGUUUUAAGUUGAAAAACUUCAACGCUACACUAGAGAGUGCUUGUUAAUAAUACCAAAUUUGUAAAUAUCUGCCAAGAGACGAAAUUCUUAGACAUGAUGAAAGGAGUCAUGACGUCACUCGUACAUGGUGCUGCACCGAAACACUACCUCUCUUAUUAUAACGUGUACAAAACUGCAAGAACAGAAUUUAGCAUCCUAGGAACAAAAUAAAAAAAAAAGAUAUAUAUUCGCAUAUUGCUAAAUGAUUAUUUUCUGAAUAGUUAUUUAUGUAUGCUGCUCUAAAGAGUAAGAACAAAAAACCAAGAGCGUUUCUUCCAAGUUCGCUCGAUCCACAUAAGAAAGUCAAGACAACUACCCCGCAAACAGAAUGAAUCAGAUUGAUUUAGUUUAAGAGAGCUGAAGUUUAAGUUUUAUAUUAAUAGUUCAAAAGUACAAUAAUAAUAAAAAAAGGACAACAAUGACUGUACCGUACGACACUAGCUUGAUAUGGCUCGUUGUCGUAGGUUUUCUUGUAGCGUUUGUCCUAGCGUUUGGAAUUGGAGCCAACGAUGUGGCAAAUAGCUUUGGUACCAGUGUGGGAGCUGGUGUCCUUACGAUUUUCAAAGCCUGCAUCCUUGCGACCAUCUUCGAAAUUGCCGGAGCUGUUCUCAUAGGAUACAAGGUAUCGGAUACGAUGCGUAAGGGGAUUCUGGAUGUCUCUUUGUACGAGGGACAUGAACAGGAACUGAUGUUAGGAUCACUAUCCAGUUUGGCUGGUUCGGCUAUCUGGUUAUUGUUCGCUACUGCGCUACGACUUCCGAUUUCCGGUACGCAUUCAAUCGUUGGCGCCACUGUGGGUUUCUCGCUUGUGUGCAGAGGAACAGCAGGGGUGAGAUGGGGCGCUCUAGGAAGCAUAGCAGCGUCUUGGUUCGCCAGUCCCCUUCUCAGUGGCUCCGUCUCAGCGGCUAUAUUUUGGCUGAUCAGGAAGACUGUGCUGCGAUCCAAUGAACCUUUGAAGCAGGGUCUCAAUAUCUUGCCUCUCGCUUAUGGCCUUACUAUUGCUAUUAAUAUUCUAUCGAUUGCGCACGAUGGACCAAAACUUUUAAUGCUGGAUAAGGUACCAUGGUGGGGAAGCGUAACAACAUCUUUAGGAGUUGGCUUAGUGUCCGCAGCGGUUGUUUAUACAUUUGUAGUCCCCUGGCAGCGGAAGAAGAUCCUUUUGUCUCACAGUAGCGCGAAAAACGCGGAAUUCUGUGGCACCGAUUUGAAAGAGACGACGGCCCUGUCAGUGAUUUCUGAAGUUCCAGCUGCUGCAAGUGGCAGCGAGUUGCUGAACGCAGAAGCCCCAAAAUUGAGGGGUAACAAUAGCGCGAGUCAUCUGCUGUUGGCAGCAGGAGGAGAUGCUGAAGGUGCUCCAGGGGAUGUCGAUGGUAUAUUGGACGAGGAACAUCCGGACGUUUCGAAGCUCUUUUCCUUUUUGCAAGUAUUAACCGCUGCCUUUGGUAGCUUCGCACAUGGCGGGAAUGACGUCAGCAAUGCGAUCGGGCCUUUGAUAGCGCUUUGGUCGGUUUAUGCGGAAGGCUCCGCCCGCCAGGAGACAGAAACACCUUUGCUGAUACUUCUCUAUGGAGGUUUGGGAAUUUCUACAGGACUCUGGAUCUGGGGUCGCAGAGUCAUCCAGACGCUGGGCCAGGAUUUGGCGCGUAUCACACCCACUACAGGUUUUACUAUAGAGGUAGGAGCUGCUUUAACAGUACUGUUGGCAAGUAAGGCUGGCUUACCUGUGUCAACGACUCACUGUAAAGUUGGAUCCGUCGUCUGCGUGGGCUGGGCAUCACGUGGUGGCGAGGGCGUCUCCUGGACACUUUUUCGAAACAUUGCCUUUGCCUGGUUAGUUACUGUUCCAGUAGCUGGAUGCUUAUCUGCAGGCUGCAUGGCUGUUUUUAGACAAGUAAUUACCUUGUGAUUUUCAACUUCCGAGCUUUUCAAAUUGUUUCAGCGGAUACCAUCCAAAGCUACUGUUGUCAAUAAUUAA